AUGUCGGCCUCCUCCUCAAAAGAGCACCUACAAAAAUGCUUCAUCUGCCACACCGUGAUCAAUGGAGACGUUGGUGUCUUUGAGCAUCAUCUCAACCAAUGUCAGUGCUGUGCUGAGCGCUGAACCGCCGGCUGCAGUGGGCGUUUGUCGAACGGGCAAUUCGCUGACCGCUCGUGCGCUGGCCCGCACGUGACAGGCCUCGACGCUUCACAAGAAGCCGCGCCCGGCUCGGACCUCGACGCCAAACAAGACAAGAUCGACGAGAUCAACGACAACGAUCACGUUCCACCUCCUCGAGCCGCCAUCGAAGUGCUCAUCAUUUCGGAUAGUGAAGACGAGGAUGUUAAAGACGACGACGACGUUUGCCCCAUUUGCGAUCUGCCGUGGCGCUCGAUCGACCUCGGCCCCGUCCAGGGCUCUCGCGACGCCCAUGUCGGAGAAUGCCUCGAGCAUCGCGCACUUUCCGCAGAGGCUUCCGAGAUGGAAGAGGGGGAAGAAGAUGAAGAAGAUGGUCUCGCGGUAAUAGUUGCAAAGACAUCUUCGUCUGCGCGCAGGAAAGAAUUUGGACCGUUCAAGAAGCCGAGACACUUCAAGGACGGGAGGGACACCGAGCCGGAAGGGACAUCAGGUAAGUGAGGUAGGUGCAUGCUGUACGGAUAUACUCUUUAAACACUCAAUCGUAUUGCGAGCCUUCCUCAGGCCUCGUUGCCGUGAUUGCUUCGAUUGCCAAGAUGGCACCCCGGAAGCUGUCGCCAGUGUGGACCACUCUUGUCGCGAACCAGCACACCCAGCACAUUCGUGGUCGAAGCAUGGAUCUGGUUUGGAGUUGUGGGUAAGCCAAACAAACUUUUUCUGGCUUUCCGAAACUACUGCUCACGCCUUCUGUUCGGACGUACCUCUCGUCAACUUUGCAGAUAUCGCAAUGCACAGAUGCUGUAUUCGUCCCUGCGCCAUCUGCCCGAAUACAACUCCUCCGCUAGCGGCCCUUCUCCGGUUCCGUCCAUCUUGGAACUACAAGGCGUCAUUGAAGAUGCUUGGAAGGCAGGUCAGUCAAGUUUAUCGUGCCCGCACUUCAAAUCGAUUCUUAAAUUUGUCAAUGCUGAAGCCUCGCUCGAUGAUCAUCAGGCCAUGACCUGAACGGCGCCGCUCAUUCCCACCGCAAGCUGCGAGGAAGCAAGAGGUGGACCGGAGCAAUCGACAUGUAUACGGCGCUCACAGCUCUAUGCAUACGGUACGACUUCACAGCUCGUACACAGCCCCUAUCCGCCCCGGCUCAUCCUAGUUCCCCACCUUUGUCCUCCACAACAGAUGUCAAGUCGUCGACUUCCCAAAACUUCCGCAUGCGAAGAAAGGCGCCAAAUCACCCUUGAUCCGAUGGAUCGUCGCUUACUUCACUGGCACGCUCGAGGCUCAUUGCAUUUCCGUGCCCAAUUCGAACGGUGACAUUCGACUUCGAGCAUCCUCAAGCUUUCCAGCCAGCAUGUUACCCGUCAUGUCCGCCAAGCAGCCGUUGUACUUGCAACACCAGGGGUAUUCAAGGACUGUUGUCGGAAUCGAAUACGAUGAGCAAGGCGAGGGAUAUUUGUUGGUGUUCGAUCCGGCGAGGUACGUUCUUUCCCGUCCCGUGAUCUCUCGCUCAGGUCGAGUCUCGUCUUGAGCCGAAAGGUCACGUUCUCAACUUUUAGACGUAUCCCAAAAGCCGUCAAGAAAGCCGCGUCCAAACUCGACGACGCCAUGUCAAGUCUCUCCGCGUCUCCCUCGAGAUCCAAAAAGCGACGACGGUCAUCUACCUCUUCGACUACCGCAUCCGUCAGAGCGUUCUGGGCAGAAUCCCCUCAAGCGCGCCUGAAACCCGACCCAAACGACGCCAAGGCGCUUUUGGAGACUACCCUCUUCACAGCUGUCAUGGCAGAUGCCGCGAUGAUGUCGUUGCCUUCGACGGGGCUGGAUGUGAAGUCGUUGAGCACGUUCAGGGUCGGGUUCAAGUCUUUGAGUCGCAAGGACCAGUACCAGGUUCGUCCUUUGUUUCUCUCCGGGAGGCAACUUUCUGCGCGAUAUUGAGGCUGCCCUCUUCUGGUUCUUUCUGCUUCAGGUCUUGUACGUUGAACCGGGUUCGCGGCUAUCGGCUGAGGAAGUCGACGAGCGCAAAAUUGUAAAGAGCCAGAGAGUAAUCGGUUAA